UCCUGAUAGCGCUUGACACACACCUGUCUGCCAUGGCCGACAAAUUAAGCUAGCUAGCUAACUAGCUAAAAUGAGUAAACAACUAAUGUCUGUGGAGAGCGUCUUUGAAAAGGGAAAAAGGCCCAAUGAUGAGACAGUAGAUAAAUCUAAGACUGUCAAGAAAACAAAGCUACAUUUAGUGGGAAAUACCGGGAGUCCUACUUAAAAUACGGCUUUAUCGCGACAGGUGUUUCACAUGCUACAAGCCGCCUCUACACGAUAUGUAGCAACAGGCUAUCAAAUGAGGCGAUGAAGCCUUCAAAACUGCUUCGACACAUAGAGACAGAGUACCCUGCAUUAAAAGACAAGCCUGGACCCAAGUCUUCAGGACCAGCACAGCAACAACUGUAGCUACACCGAGAACACCGUACUUUGUUGCUAACCGUUGCUAAGGUCGUACUUUGUUGCUAACCGUGUUGCUAAGGCUAAGAAGAAGAGCUGAUGCUGCCUGCUACUGCGUUAUGAGAACGACAAUUCAAGAUGAAAGUAAUCAGCGUUGCAGUGCUUAGCGCCCUGUUCUGCACUGUUGUGUCAGCAUCUUCAAAAGUCAAAGAGGAACACAGGACAGCCUUCUUUGGGGAGGACAUUCACAUCGAUGUCCCGCCUGGGAACGCUGGAGAGGUUGUGUUUAAACCCAGGACCAAUCGCUCCGCUGAGGUGGUUCUGAUGCGAGCCGGCAAGGUGAACAACACACGGUGCCAUGUCAACUCUCUGGGUCACCUGGUGGUGGAGGACGUGCAGGAGGAGGACGAGGGCGUGUACAUCAUCAAGAACAGCAACAACCCCAACGCUGUCAAGAGGCUCAUCCUCAUUGUUAGAGACUGUGCUGUGGAGCAAGUGGUAAAGUACGGAGAAACCUACUACAUCCACCUCAAUCACGUCGAAGGCCCCAUCACCCUGGAGUUCAGACCCAGUCUGAUUCAGGCCAAUCAAUCAGAGAUCCAACAAACUACAGAGCCUCCACCUGUGGUGGUGUACAACCAGACGGCGGUGUCGGCAGAAGAAUACGUGGGACGCCUCAGUGUGUCGGAGAAGCGGGUGACACUGCACUCGGUCAGGAUGACGGACGAGGGGAGCUUUACAGUGUUGGACCGUGAGGGCAAAGUCAGGAGGAGGAACUGUCUGAAUGUCAGAGAGCACCAGACCUUCAUGCACCUCCCCUAUGGAGGAAACCUGAAGAUGAAGCUCUACCUGCACUACUCCCACCUUAACAUCGUCUACAGGCCCAAGUCAGACAAUCAGGACCGGGUCAUCGUGGACCAGGGGGUUCUGGUGACACCGCUGGAUCCUCUGUUGGAGGGCAGGCUGACCGUGGAGGGGUCAGAGCUCAACAUGAAGAAGGUCCACGUGGCCGACAUAGGUGUCUUCAAAGUGACAGACCUGGCUGGGUAUCCUGUGGCUCAUGUCUACAUAGAGGUAGAAGCCUAUAAGCUGCCCCCCCUGACUGUGGCCAUCCUCUCCCUGCUGAGCCUGAUCGCCUUCAUGCUGCUGGUGUGCCUGCUGUCCUGUCUCUAUAAAGUACAUAAGAGGAACGAGAAGAACAAGAAGCUGAUGCUCAUUGCUCAGCAGGCUGGCAAGAGAGACGGCGAGGCUUUCAGACAGGUGGUCCAUGAAGCGUACACCAGGUUCACGGAGGAGUCUCUGAUGCAGUCUGUGUGUGAUAAGCCUUCGGAGAGCACAGAGGUCACCAUCAAGGGCCUUGAGGUGUCCAAACCAGGCCGCUACCAGGCUCUUACCUCUGACAAUUUUAUGGAGAUGAGCGACUCCGGAGUGGAGUUCACCACCUCUGGUAUCCCACUGGACAGCGACACUGAUGGUGCGAUAACCUACGCCUCCCACAAACCCCUCCUGAACGCUGUCUCCCCUACAGCCGUGACCGGGAGAAUUCACUCCGACAGCCUGGAGGCCACCGUUGUCCCCGAUGGCGACCUCAGUGCCAGUCGGACCCCUGACUCCGCCAUGAGCGCCAGCCCUGCCUCCAAUCCUCGCUCAUUUGCAGCUGCAACCCCUGAUGGCAGCCUGCGUGGCGCUGCAUCACCGGGAACGGCCUCUAGGGGCACUGCUGGGUCAGAUUCAGCCAAGACAGAGGGAGGGGCUGAGAGUGGAGAAGCUGGGCAGAAAGAGGAAUCAGCACAGAGCACCUGAGAGGAUGCACCAGGGUGUAUUUUUUUUUUUUUUAGCUCAUGUCUCCUUAUACAGUAAUGAAAUCCACAUCUGGCUCUGUGUUUCUGAGAACCUUAUCAUAUCCAAACACCAAGUCCUUGCUCACUGCAUUUGAAACAACAUCACAGACAAAAUAUUCUUGCUUGGAUCCAGAUGUCUUUGUAGCCCAGAAGAAAAUAAUAAAAAGGCAGUUGCACAAAAUGCACAAUACAAAAUCUAAUGCACUAUGCACUGAAAAAUGAGAUGCAAAAUAUAAACCCAAGCUCUAUCAAAAGAAGAACAAUGCAAUUUUGUGCAUAUGGAAAAUGCAUGCAUUUAAAUUAAACAUUAAAGUAGAUAUCAUAGUCCAGAUCUACAGGAAAAUGCUGAUGUUAGAGUAGACUGCCUGCAUGCAGCCUUCAAUGGGCAGAAGGCCCAAAAAGAAGUUAUGAUGAUGUGAAAAGGGUAAAACACUCAGCACUUUUAGGAAAACACCUGAAUGGGAUCAAAUGAUUUUAUCUCCUGUCGAAAGGUUGUCAAAAAAUAAAUAAAUAAAUAAAUAAAAUACAGGUGACAGUUUGACAGGUAGACUCAGUACACUCCAAAGAAUCAGACAUUAUUUUCUAAGACCAAGGCUACUAACAACAACAGCGAAGAGCAUCUUCCCCUUUUGAGGCAAAUCUCAAUGUGUUGCCUCUGACAGCACUUUUGUCUGCUCUCACAGCAUCAGACAAGCACUGCGAUGAUUGCAUUUCAUCCCACCCACACACAGACUCUAUUAUUAACAGUACAAGCAUGUCAGAAAGCGUCCCCGCCUCUCAGACACAAGUGCUUGUCUCAGCACUCAUUCACCAGUAGCCAUGAGAAAAUCUCCUUGACGUAUUCUUUCUGAAAAACCUGCAAACUGAGACAAGCUCACCUAGAUUGAAUAUCACCACUCCUGUGUGAGUGCUGAUGGGUGUUUUCUAUUCUCUCAUAUCCUGGGUGUCAAAUCUGCCACAUUUAAAGACAUCAUCUAAAAAAAUGUAAAAAGAGGAAGAAGAAGUUGAAACAUCCACCACAUCUCACCCACACUAAUGAUGAAUGCCAGAGAAAACUCCCACAAGAACAAGAGCAAACUGUAGAAACGAGCCUCAUCUGUUUUUAUUUUUUUGUCCCAGUGGAGUUGUCACAAGCCCUGUCAGAGCAAAAUAAAAUUGGACUGUGCAACACUUCUAGGACUUUUGGAACAGCUCCCAAGAACGUAAUUGGAUUCUUGGUCUCUUUGCAGACGAACCCGAUUCACGGACACCAUAGAGUGAGGAGUGGUGAUAAAAGAGACGACAGAGAUGGAACGGGGUGCUAUUUGGGGAGCAGAUAAAUGACUUGCAUGAUUUAAAGCCUCCUAUUCUCAUCUCAGCCCCCAUCCAUCUCAUGGAGCUCUGAUUAUUGUAGCCCAGUUGUUUGCCAAAAUGAAGUGACUGGAAAGACGCAGUUGGAUCAAUCUGUGAUAACGACGCAGCCCGCACCCCCGACGGAAUGAGACUGAAUAAGUGAUUAUGAGAGGCGAGUGUGUAUGUGCGCUGGGGGAGUUUCAUACAAAGCAACCAACAAUAUUAGACAUUCAGUGCACUGCAUGGAGACAUGAGUCCAUUCAGCCCAUGAAAGAUAGAAAAUGAAAAAGAGGAGGACAUUCUCAGACCAAGUCCUGAAUUAAUGGUUAAAGUAACAUCAGUAACUCAAAGAAAGGUCCAUACAUUUGCUGGUGCUCUAGGAAUCCAAACCCACGAUACUAUUCAAUGCCACUAUUGACUGUACCAAUAAUAGUUUAUAGUGUGUAGAGUAUAGGAAGGUCAUAUGUUUACAGCCUCUUCAGUUUUAAUGUAUUCAGCUACUUUGUGACCAGAUCAGGCUUCUUAUUGAUUCAAGGGCAUUUAAACCCCAAUAACUGAUAGUUCAUACUGCAUAUUUGUUUACUGCAAAGAGCUCUAAAGUAUCUGUGGGUCAGAAAAGAAACCUACAGGGUCAUGUGUGGGAUGUGGUAGUGGAGUAGCUUCUAAAUGACAUCCUUGGAUAAAAUCUGUAGUCCUUCUGCUCUUUACACCAGGAGUAAAUCAGCAGUGGCUCAUUUAAUUACAGACUAAAUAACAAUGUGUGUGAUGGACCACAGAAAUAUAAAUGAGAGAGUGGAAACAGCGGCUCGAGUUUAAACAUAUUUAAAGAGAGGCAUGGACAGAGUCAAUUAGAUUGAACUCCCACAGUUCUAACAACUGCGUUUGACUAAUUAGUUCCCUCUCCUUCCUGUGGAAGAAGCUAAUGGGCUAAUUCAGGUCACAGGAAGCCGAUUUACACCAAAGACAUUUCACAGAAUGAGAGCGAGACAUCUCACACUGUUGAAAAAACUCUUCAGGCAUGUCCUCUCCUCCACAGGGCCAGACAGUCUGUGAUACUUAACGCAGAGCCUCUGCACUUAAGAGAGCAGCGCUUUUGCUCCUUUGGGGCUGCAGAGCAGUAUCCAUGACAACAUCAAUCACAUGCUUCUCCUAAUGAAAUACACCAAACCUCAGUGGUUUUCAUCAUUACAAGGCUAUAGUGUCCCAAGGAUCCCAUUUAGAUGUCACUGCUAUUGUUGCCAUUGACAGACAUUAGCAGUAUGGCUACCUCACGCUGUAACUGAAUUGAUGUCAACCUGAGUAGUCUGAGAGAUGUACGACCUAUUCUUCUGAGGGUCACUAAAAGCAGCCAGACAGGCACAGAUGUUUGGUGUCUGGGAAAGAAAAGCACAAAUUUUAGCACAGGUGACCCUUUUGAAACAAGAGAGAAAUUCACAUUCUAAUUAAAGUAGGUGAAAAAUAAGUAGCAGCUAUUGUAAAUACGAUAUAAUAAUCAAGCAAAAAAAAAAAAAAGACUAGGUUAGCUAGUUCCCUUCUUAUUCAGGAAAAUGUAGUUUGGACUGAGUCUUAAAUCAUUAUGAGUGUAAAAUGACUUGCGUACCCGACUUACAUGUCGUUGAAUUAUUGAUUUUGUAUGGCAGUUUUAUAGGGCAGUGCUUGUGCUCAUGCAGGGACAUGACGUAAUUGGUUAUAUAUAAAUACUAAGAGUCAACAGGAAGCUUAGAUGGGCUAAUAACAAAUAUGUGAUCGAAGGAUUCUCAAUUAAAUAUAAAGCAAUAUUAUUGAUAAUGGCACUGAAACAUUACUAACAUGCACAGGGCGAAAAGAGGAAUCAGACAUAGCACAUCUCAGUAUUGGUCACUCUUAAUCAUCCUUUUUUCCACUGUUGUAAAUAUAAAGAUAUGUGAUCUGCAUGUGUAUAGUAUGAAAAUACCAAUAUGUUUCUUACUGCAAGGCUUAUGCAAGAUUUUAUACGAUCAAAACACUGCGUUGAUCCUUUAACCACAUGUCCAUGUAGGUAAAAAAAAAACUAACACUUAGUGCUGGAGACACCUUCAGCUGAGAAGACUCUCCUCAUGCCAUGUUUACAUAUGUGGGUCACAGUGAUGCUGUGUGAGAUCCUUUCAUCAAAGUUUGCCUCAGCAGGGGUGUAGUAUCUGUUGUUGCCUCAGGGGUGCACUUUCUGACACAUCAGCGGUGUUCAUUUAACAAGGUACUCUCACUUAGCUUUAUGUCCUGCCUUCCAAGACUGGGCCAAGAAAACAGAACCUAGAAAAGAUUUCAGAAAGCCAACAUGCAGCACAUGCACAGAGUUUACAGUGAAGUUAGUACGGCAGCAAUCCAGUGCCAAAACAUUAGGGUCAAAUCCCAGACUUAAAAUAUAAACUUAAGUAUAAGUAGCUGAUGUGGAAAGAAAGAGAUGUGUUAUAAAGGAAUAUGACAGUUUGGGGGAAAAUCUGCUCACUUGUUUGCUGUGUUGCCAGGAAAAAUAACUCCAGGAAAGUGUUUAGCCUAGCUUAGCACAGAGGGCGGAUGCAGUGGAACCUGAACGCCUCUCUCCAGAGGAAAAUACUCCAACAUGUUUACAUAUUGUAGCUUAUUCUGAGGACAGUGUGUGAAAGACUAAAUGUGUGCAGGCACUUAGCCUUGCUGUUGCUGGUCAGUAUGUUAAGCUAACUUCUUAUCAAGCCACAAUGUCUACAUGUCUAAAUAACAUGGCAAAAUUAUUUGAUGUGGUACAAGGCAACCAGUGCAGGCAACCCUUCUCUCUUUCUCUCAGUAGUUCCAAACGAGGUUUAGUGUUAGAGCUAACCUGCUUAGAAAUGGUGCCAACUUAAUUUAGAUAAACAAAUCUAUGAUUUCUGCAAAAUACACUGGGAUGUUAGAGGUUGGUGUGGCUGAUGUUAAAUUGGAAACCAUCAUGCUUUUAUGAAUAUGUGUCACUUUUUAUGGUGCAGAUCAAAUCUUACAUCCUGAACAUGCACCAUAAAGCCUUUUUAUUAAGGCUCCUUUGGGUUUUGAAGGGGGAAGGGUCGCGAUCCUCCUUUGGAUUUCAGCAUGUUUGUGUUGUAUUAAUAAAACAGUAGGUUCAGGCAAUCACAGCUGACGAAAGCUUUAUGAAAGGAUUUCACUGUCUGUCACUCAACCUCUGUCUGAUGUUUUCUGUUUCAUUACACAUCACAGCCGCUAUUCACAAAGCCUCUCAGAACAGAAGUGCUGAUCCGUGUGUGGGUAGGGGGAGAUUUAAUAAAAUGUUCUUUCUGUUCUGGUAGAUUCGCUCUCCAGUUAAUCUACUGCUCUCUGUAAUUCCAGAGAAUAUAAUGAAAAAACCAUGAAAUGAUGUCUGCAGCAUGGCAGUUUGCUUAUACCUCUGAUCACAAAAGACAUUCGCUUUAACGCAAAAUAUCAGAAGAACUGUCAUCUGCAGUUUCUAACACUAAUAUCAAUGAAUUUUAAUUUGCUCCAGUGCGAAUCAAUAGCUUUUACUGUGAUUGAAUUUAGUCUAAUCUUUGUUCAUAACAGAUUAAUUCUCUGUCGCUCUAAGCUCACUCUAUGAGCACAAUAUUUUGUAUUAAGAACAUUUUAUGACAUCAAUUUCAAACCAGGUGGAUAUGCUUUUGGACACGCUGAUCCCAGUUCAGCGGCACUCCUACUCUGGGCUAUAUUGUGAAUUAUUCAGACAUGCAUUUGCACCCUGUCGGCUUGAAAUAUGUUUUGUAGUCCCACAUCCUGUCCCCACCGUGAUACUCCCAGCACCUAAGAAUGUUUUUUAUACCAGGAAGAAAAAAAAAAAGACAGUACUUCUAGAAAUAAUAUCUAAUUUUCAUAUAAUCAGUGUGUUUACGUUGGGACAAAUGUACAUCAUCCCAAGCGUAUUUGUGGGGAAAAAAGAAAAUCACACAUCCUUUGAAUGAAUGAAUGAACAUGCUUGAGUACAUGUCAUGGUCAGAACUUUUUGUAGCACCACAUUUAGCACCAAAAGACUAUUCUUGCUCCUAACGCGCUUACUGUUUCUCCUUACUCUGAUAUUAUAGCCAAUAUCUGCCGUCCCAGUGUAUACCUAAGAGUUAGUGUAACUGCAGCAUGCUGACCUGUAGAUUGCUUGUGGGACAGCAGGUGUGAUGCUGAUAGCUAAUAAUGAUAGUAAUAAUAUGAAUUGCACUUUUCUGUACAGCUGGCCUCCCUGAGUCCAUCCUGUCUGGCUUUGGUUUCCCAUGAUCCACCUGACACUAAAAGUCACCUUUCACUCCUGGCAUACGGCUGAGAGUGAGGGUUGAAGGAGAACACCUGUGGUGAUUUUUAAAGGUUGCUGCCAAUCAUCAGGGGUGCUUUUAUUUCCUGGUCGUUCUCCAUUAGCAAAAGCUGAAACAUAUGAUAAAUAUAUGACAUAUGAACACUUCCAUUUGGCUUUAUCUAAAUUUGUGUUUAACUAUCACCUGACUAACUAAGCCUGUGUUUAAAGAAAAGCUUCUGUUUUUUUUAAUAAGUGGAAUAAAUAUUACACUGAAAUGUUGAUUGCCAUAAUAUCUACAUCUACAAAAUGUGAUUCACAGGUUCUCUAAAAAUCCCAAUAUUAAGAGCAUAUAUUCUCUUUAUUGUGAGUGGUUUUGGUCUUGGGAAGCGGGAGACUCAGGAUGGCUCGAGGCUGAAUUAGAUCCUCUUGGUUUUUAUCCCAUGACUCAGGCAGGAGAAGUAUUGUCAUCGUCAAUAUUACUGCUGUUACUAAAUAAACUUUUAGAUGAGAAGAGAAGCACCUUUCAUUUUCACUUGAUCUUGUGCUGUAACUGCAAAUCAUUUUAUUUUCUAUCAUUCAACACCUGCAGUUUCAUUUCCUCUGUGAUGGUUUUGAUUGUUAAAUUAUCACUGAACUUGCUUUGUCUCAUUCGAGCUUUACAGUUUUAGAAAAGCAGAACUGACAUCUUAAAUGUCAGUGUCAAACUGACAUUUUGAUACUAGAAAAUCUGGUCUGGUCACUGGUUUGUUUGUCUGCACGCAGGUCUCUGUUCGUACUUGAUGCUUUCAUUUUGAGAGAAAUCACGUACACUCUUCGUUCCUACGAGUUCAGAUUUCAUUUGAUCAUCUUCCAAAGCUGGGUAAUCAUUGACUUUUACGAUACUUCACUGCACUGCCAUGAACAAGCAACUGUACCCUCUUGUUUGCUUGAUGAAUAAAUCAGUGACUAUUUCUAUUCCAGUACUAUGUAAGACCUUUUGGCAUCCUGCACAGACUUUUGUAAAGCUUCUCUCUUUGCUGUAAUGAAUGAGUAAUUCCAAUUAAAUGAAUUUUCAACAGAGA